UUAAUUAAUUGCGUAGAUUUAGAGUGGGCAAUCGGUCUGAAUCGCUGCUUGUUGAAAAUUGUCGGUUUGUGGCCGGAAAAAAACAAAGAACAGCGUAAAGAAUUCUUAUCGAAAAUUCGAUUGCUGUUCAACAUUUUUACGCUGAUUUUCGUAUUGACUAUACCGGCUUUAGUGUCACUGAUAAGAGUAUGGGGCGAUAUGAUACUGAUGAUAGAUAAUUUACAAUACACCCUGCCUCUUUUGAUAACGACACUGAAAGUCUUCAUCAUGUGGUACAAAAAAGGAGCUUUAUCGCCAUUGGUUAAUAUGAUUGUAAAAGAUUGGAUGAAAGUGAAAAUGGAAGAAGAACGAAAUGUCAUGCUAAGGCAAGCUAAGAUCAUCCGCUUGCUCGCCAUGUGCGGCGGACUUAUGAUACUUUGUACAUUGCUGGUGACCGUUUGCUCCUUUCUUCUUGGCCGAACACUUAGACUCGUAACAAAUCUUACUGAUCCAGAUGGAAAGCCUUUGCCAAUCCAAACAUAUUACUUGCAUGAUGUAUCUACCAGCCCGAAAUAUGAAAUAACAUAUCUGAUACAAAUUAUCUCGCUGACGUUAUCCGGCGUUUCUUACACUGCAGUCGACAAUUUCCUUGGACUUCUUAUCUUACAUAUAUGUGGUCAGAUGGAAAAUUUGUAUCUGCGAUUACUGAAUCUAGGAAAGGAUCCGAAUUUCCAAGCAGUUUUAAAAUACAACGUGAAAGACCACGUUCGCUUGAUCAGAUCUAUAAAAGUCAUUGAUAAUACAUUCAAUUUAAUGCUGCUCGGGUUGUUACUUUUAUUCAGUAUACUAUUUUGUCUUCAUGGAUUUCUAAUAAUUAAUGUUGUUAAUCGAGGUGGUAAAUUGUCGUUUAUGCAAUUUAUUUUAUAUUUGUCUGCGAGUGUAUGUGUUUUAAUGCAUAUGUGUCUUUAUUGUGCUGUUGGAGAACUUCUCGUAACUCAAUCUGAAAAACUACAUCGUGCCACCUAUGAGUACGUUUGGUAUACUCUGGAACCAAAGGCAGCAAAAAACUUGACAUUAAUUAUGCUUCGUGCCAAAAAACCAUUCAAUAUCACAGCGGGACGAAUAUUCCCAAUGACAAUGUCCACGUUUUGCAAUUUACUAAAAACAUCUGCGGGUUAUGUAUCUGUGUUGCUUGCCAAUCGAGAUUAACGAUAAUAUAAUAAAAAGGUAAAAUAGUACGUAGUCACUUUUUUAGUAUUAUAUGUAAAAUUAAAAAUAAUUUCUUUAUAUAAAUAUGCUACACAACUUUGAACUUUACGUGCUACAUACAAUGAAAAAUUAUGUAAACUAUUAAAAAUAAUUUUUUUUUUCAUAUAUAUUUUGUUUCUCUAAUGUUGUAUUUUGAUUAUGUUAUAAACCAAGUAUAUCGCAGCUUGUAUCAAUUAUCAUAGAUAAAAAAAUAAUAAUAGAAGCAAAAUAAUUAUUUAAUACUUACACAAGUAUAUUAUUUUCUUAUUAUACAAAUUACU